AUGAAUAGCCAAUACAUUCUUCUUUGCAAAUUCUAUAUGAAAACUAGCAGCAAGCAAAUACGGCAGCUACAUUCUUCGCUGGUUGCUUAUUCUCAACUCAAGCAGUCUGCAUCGCUUGCUCAGAAAAGGCCCCUGAAAUUCAAUAUCGAUGGCCCUGGAUUGGACUACUUUGUCAGUAAGGCAAGUAGUGAACACUUGAGUAAAGUGAUGCCGAGAGCAGAAGAGAUGGAUCAGUCGUUGAGUGCGAUGGCUUCUUAUGGAGAUGGGUUGAAAGUAAAAUUCAUAACAUAUGGUUGCCAAAUGAAUGUAAAUGAUGUGGAAUUGGUACGCUCAUUGUUGCUAUCAUCAGGUUAUGUGGAAACAGAUGACGUUAAAGAAGCUGAUAUCAUAUUAUUGAUGACAUGUUCAAUACGUGAAGGUGCUGAAAACAAAGUAUGGGAUGAACUAAAGGUACUGAGAAAAAUACGCCGCAAAAAAGGUGUUGUUGGAGUUUUAGGUUGUAUGGCGGAACGUGUAAGGCAUAAUUUAUUGACAUGCACUGAAAAUGUUGAUGUGGUAGCUGGACCAGAUUCAUAUCGAGAUUUGCCACGGCUGUUGGCAAUUGCUCGAUGCGGAAGUAUGGCAAUAAAUGUGCAACUAUCGGUAGAGGAAACGUAUGCUGAUGUUGUCCCGGUUCGAAAGGACAAAUUUUCCAAAACAGCUUAUGUAUCGAUUAUGCGUGGUUGUGAUAACAUGUGUACGUACUGUAUUGUACCAUAUACAAGGGGAAGAGAGAGGAGUCGUCCAAUGAAUUCUAUACUUGAUGAAAUUAGGAGAUUAUCUGAUGAGGGUGUGAAGCAGGUGACGUUGCUUGGACAGAAUGUCAACAGUUAUCGAGACCUAUCAGAAAUAUCAUUUCUUUCUGCAAAUUUGGCAGAACCUGGUGUUGCUCCUGGAUUUCGCACCAAAUAUAAACCGAAGAGAGGUGGAUAUAAUUUCCUCACACUACUGGAUAAAGUAUCACAAAUUGAUUCAGAAAUGAGGAUACGUUUUACUUCACCACAUCCUAAAGAUUUUCCUUUGGAGGUGAUACAACUGAUAAAAGAACGCUCAAACAUAUGUAAACAAAUCCAUUUGCCAGCGCAAAGUGGUAGCAAUAUUGUAUUGGAUGCAAUGGAUCGUGGCUAUAGUAGAGAAAGUUAUUUAGAAUUAGUCCAUCGCAUUAAAACCGUCUUACCAAAUGUAUCGCUCACGAGUGAUUUCAUAGCUGGUUUCUGUGGCGAGACCGAGGAUUGCCAUCGAGAAUCUCUGGACUUGAUCAAACAUGUUGUUUAUUCUUUUUGCUACGUUUUUCCGUAUAGUCAAAGGGAGAAAACCAAAGCAUAUCGACAUCUGAGAGAUGAUGUACCGAAGGAAGUGAAGAACAGACGCCAUCAGGAACUGGCGGGCGCUUUCAGAGAAACAGCAUUAAAACAUAAUGAGUCUCUCCUUGGAACCAAACAAUUGGUGCUUUUAGAGGAAACAAGUAAGCGUUCUUCUGAGCAUCUGCGAGGUCGAACUGAUGGCGGAGUUAGUGUUAUUAUCAAUAAGUAUUACAAUGAUGGUUCGGGAUUGGUGGAACUAAAACCUGGCGAUUAUGUUGUCGCUAAGAUAAUAUCUGCAAAUUCGCAAACGCUCCAAGCCUUGACACUUCAGACGACAAAGCUAAAGGAUUUCGAAAACUUAUGA